AACCGGCCGCAUACAGACCACCAGGUGGGCAGGGUCAGUGCCAUGUGUGGCCCCCUCUCUGGGGAUCAGGGAGAUACGCUAAAGGCUGGGUGAGGUGACUGAAGCACAGAGAUGUAAAGUAAUUUUCCCAAGGCCACACAGCAAAGCCUCACCUAUCAGCGCUUCCUUCCUGGGCAGGGCUGAGGAUUCACUCACUGCCCACGGCCGGCCGGGCAGGGACAGGAGAAUGAGAGGCCUCCGCUGGCGUUACACUCGGCUGCCCACCCAGGUGGAGGACACCCUGUCUGGGGAGGAGGGUAACGAGGAGGAAGAGGAGGAGGAAGCAGCUCCAGACCCAGCUGCUGCUCCUGAGGAUCCCAUGGUGCCCCAGCUGACAGAAGCCAGCCAAGUUUUGAGUGCCUCAGAUAUUAGGCAGCCCUGUCCCCAGCUCAGCUUUCACUUCCCACCAAGAGUCACCGGCCAUCCCUGGAGUCUGGUCUUCUGCACGUCGAGGGACGGUUUCAGCCUGCAGAGCCUGUACCGGCGGAUGGAGGGCUGCAGCGGGCCAGUGCUGCUGGUGCUCAGGGACCAGGACGGGCAGAUAUUUGGAGCCUUCUCCUCCUCGGCUAUCCAACUCAGCAAAGGCUUCUAUGGUACCGGCGAGACAUUCCUCUUCUCCUUCUCACCACAGCUGAAGGUCUUUAAGUGGACUGGAAGCAACUCUUUCUUUGUGAAGGGAGACUUGGAUUCACUGAUGAUGGGCAGUGGCAGUGGCCGGUUUGGGCUGUGGUUGGAUGGAGACUUGUUUCACGGGGGAAGCUCCCCUUGCGCAACCUUUAACAACGAGGUGCUGGCCCGGCGGGAGCAGUUCUGCGUCCAGGAGCUGGAGGCCUGGCUUCUCAGCUGAUGGCCCUGCGGCAACAGGUACUCAGCCCUGCUCACGAUGCCACCCAGGCCUUCCUGACACACGGCAGCCUGCGCUGUUCGAAACACAGAUGCUGAAGGGCCCUAGAGUUGGCUGAGGCUGCUGGCCCGCCUCCUUGUGGCCUGGGGACCCAAGAUACAGGUGGGGGCAGGCACUGCUGUUUUGCAGAGGUGACUCUGAAGGAUUAAAAGAUGCUUACACCUUACCCAAGCAGCACCGAGACCCUAAGCUAACAGGGCCUUAGAAAACUAAGAAAAAUCCGCAUCCCUUCCCAUGCUAGUGCCUGCCUCCUGGCAAAGGGAAGAUUUUUCACUAUGCUGUUCCCCGCCAGCUACUGAACGAGGAAAACCAACCUCAUGAACAUUAUCAUUUUAGAGGUUCUACAACGAAUUCAUGUUUAUAGUAGAAAAACCAGAAGACAUUAAAAAAAAUGAAAAUUGCCUAAAAUUCAACCCCCCCAACUCUAACAUUUUCAUGUAUAUCCUUCCAGACAAUGUUCCAUGAAUAUGUGUGUGUGUGUAUUCUUACAGAAA